CUGGUUUUCAGCUUGUCCUCGCCGUUUCCUGACGUUGUUCGACAAGAGUGUUUUCCUCCUUCGUUUUUUCCCAGCUACGUAAACUUUGGGGGUUCCUUACCUCAGUCCUCUCCCUCCCUUGCCAAUCCUUUAAAGGCCUCGUUCUUUCUGGUCUUACCUUUCCUCGACUCGGUUCGACCCCCCAACUUCACAUAUCACUAAACACGCUCUCUCCGAAUCAUGUUCGUCACUAAAGCUUUGCUUGUAGCCUCUGUCGCGCUCUCCGUCAGUGCCCUCACCACUCCACACGUCGCCCGCAACUCGCAUCACCAUGCCAUUGCUGCGCGUGUUGCUGUACCAGAGGCCCAACCAGAGCCUGUAGUACACGUUCGUCCUGCUCCCCGUAAGCGCAGUGUUCAGCGUUGCAGAGCGCCGGCCAGCAGCAGUGCCGCACCAUCAUCAUCUGCCGCACCAUCUUCGUCUGCUGCGCCAUCAUCAUCUGCUGCACCGUCCUCCUCUGCCGCACCCGCACCCGUCAAUAACGUCGGCGAGCUCCCUCCCCUCUCGUCGAUCCUUUCGCCUGUCGAUCCUCCCAAGUCGACAGAGGCGCCUCCCCCAGCACCCUCUACCACUAAGGCACCACCGAAAACAACCGAGGCGCCCGCUCCCACCACGACCGAAGCUCCUGCCCCGCCGAAGACCACUGAGGCACCGCCUACUACUACCAAGGCCCCUCCCAAAACCACCGAGGCUGCUCCACCUGCUACUACCGCGCCCUCCGGCGGUAACGGUGGCGGUGACCCCUUCUCUGGUGAUGGUACUUUCUACGAUACUGGUCUUGGUGCAUGCGGUAUUAACAACAAUGACAAUGACUUUAUUGCCGCCAUUGGCCAUGGGGCCUUCGAUUCAUUCGCUGGCUACAACGGUGCUAACCCGAACAAUAACCCCAUCUGCGGCAAGGAGGUUCUUGUUCACUACCAAGGCAAAUCAGUCAAGGUCAAGAUCACGGAUCGUUGCGGCGGCUGCAAUAACCCCAACAGUCUUGACUUUUCUCCUGCUGCCUUCAGACAGCUGGCGGAUGAGAGUGUUGGCCGUAUUUCUGGCAUCACCUGGAACUACGUCUAAGUUCCCCCGCUAUACCCGCUUUCCCUUGUUUUCAAUCGCAUUUUAAUCUUUUCACGAUGUUAUAAAGGUUCAUUAAGCAUUUCUCAUCCCUCAGCGCCUGGGGCGUUCCGUUCUGUGGUCCCUUGCAUGCCGGGGGGUCAGAAUGGCUAGGAGGGGGUAUUACCGAGCUUGUCUCGUCAUCUUACACUUCGGUCGCCUGCUCUGGUUGCACGCGCUUUAUCACUGUCUUAUUAAGCACUUGCUGCUUUGGGGUACAACAGUUUCGAUAGAGGUUCCAUACCACAACACUACAACUUUACAAUAACAUACUGUUUCGUACAUCAUUGUUUUCGCUUGACGUUGGUCGAUCC